CAUUGGCAUACUUCAGAGGGCUCUUCAUUAGGGUGAAUCAGAUCAUUUAAUUUCGCAUCAUGCAGUCUCUUGCAGCGUAUGCAUCCGAUUCAGACGAGGAGCUGCCGAUUGCAUCAUCCAGCAGGUCGGUGAGCCUUGCGGUCCCAGCGCCAACCCGUGUGGCCUCGUCAAUCUCGAUUGCAGCUGCCAAACGUAAAGCUGACAGCAGAGGCAGGCUCCAAGUCCGCGUCUCAGCAGCGAAUGGCGAUAAUUUAGAUGCAGACGGUAUUGCGUCCACCGAAUCACCGAAUGAAUCUGACCUCAAAAAGCCUAAACUAGCGUCAGGUGCCAUAUUUCGGCACUCGCUACUGGGCGCCCUUCCAACCCCCAAAAGAGCUGUUCGUGACGAUGGCAGCGUCAAUAGCCGGCAGUCAUACUUCACGGCGCAGAUUGUCUGUGAUAAAUAUAUGCCAGAUCUUCCCCAACGGAGCGCAAGCGGCGGUGGGCAGGCGGAGCGUGCUUCUAAAGUCACCAACAGGGGAAAUUCUGCUUUUCGCGCCAUGUUAGGUCUGCCACCUGUGUCUCCCGGCACUUCCUCCACAAAAAAUACUGCUAGCAUACCGAGUGUGCCCUCUCCGACAGCAAAGGUUCUUGUCUCUGGGGCAUCAUGGGCAGAUACAUCACUUGCUUGUCCCAGAGACUUGCUCGACGAGAGGCAGGAGGCUGCGACGCCACAGGCUCUCGAACUCAGGGCAGCAUUGCAAACAAAGCCAGCGUCAGAAUUGCCGAAGGUAGCGAUUCUACCGUCGAACAAAAACGAGAAGGAAAAAUUCACAUCACGGGCGGUGCCGCAAGAAGGCAAAGGCUCUGCUCCCUUGUCCGCAGCACCAGACGUGGAGGACGAGGCUGCGGAGUGCCUAAGUGAACAGAAGGAAGUUUCCGGGCUAGACCCCUAUGCAGGCUGGCAAAUGAACCCCGAUGGUACUUGGUAUCCUGUCACUCCGGAGGCUAUCGCCGUAUAUCAGAACUACGCUCGUCAGGAUUCAACAUUGAGCGCAUCGCUCACAGGCAGCCACGAAAGUUCCACUGAGAUCCGUUCAGUCGAUGUGAACACUCCGAAGGCUCUAUCGGCAACCGCUGGUGACUUCAAUCCAGCUGAUACCACUGGUCUCACCGCGGAUCAAAUCAGAGCAAAAGGAAAGGCUCGAAAUAAAGGGCAGCUGAGCUCUUUGGUCAGCAUGGCGAACGAGAAGAAGGAGAACCUCGAGAAUAAGUGGGCGCGGAGUAGACAAGGUAUCUCCAAUGCGUCAAACAAAUAUGGCUUUUAGUCGCUCCUAUAAGGCAGACAUGACAAGCGCGCAGUGCACAGUGCAGCCGCAUGUGCAGAUUGCAUCACAAAUCGCUGUUUCAAGCGCCAACGUAAAGCAUUCGGCUGGACUGCAAUGCCGUUUCCUGUGAAAGAUUGCAAUCGUCAACAAGACGGACGGAGGCAG